GCCAAUCGGGUGUUGGUGGGCGUGUACAUGGUCCAAAUUUUACGCGGCGUGCGACGGGGCCGAAACACCGAGAAUGAAUAUCCCGGUCUCAACCGGUUUCAACCGGUCCGUGGUUGGAAGCAUGAGCUUAGAGGAAGAGCACACUUGCACGCAUUGAAACGUCUCUGCUCUUCUACAGUGUGUGCGCGAAUAGAAACAGAAAUAAAACGAGACUUUAUCACUCCGUGAUUAUGACCCGGAAUGCGGCUCCAAGUGUGACUCCGUGAAUCCGUGUUGUUAGCUUAGUAACAUUAGCCAGCAGGUCUGAUCAUUGACUUUUCCAUUAGCAGGCUAAGUUGCUAUUAGCGUGGUGGGACUCGGCGGUGAACAAUAGUCCAGGAAAGACAUUAGAUAGAGGUUGAAGGGAGCACAAACUAGAUGUAAAACCGUUGAACGCUUCUAAUACAAUACAGCUUGAACACUUCGUUCACACAGGGACGCUGACAUUAGCUCGAGGCUAUCGGAGGUUUUGACCUGUAUCAACGCAUGCAAUGAGGUAACGUUGCAAAGCUUUCUGCGCAUUGAGAGGAUUACUACUUCGGCCUUCAGCUUCAGAUCACCUUUGGUAACUAACACCUAUUUUGGACGAGCGGGCAGGACCCACCAGAAGCUCUAUGCCAGCAGAAAUGACAAUGUUGUCAGAUCAUCCAGCCAGACAGCUGCUGGACUUCAAUCAGAAAUUGGACAUCAGCCUGCUGGACAAUGUUGUCAACUCUAUGUAUCAUGACAUUGGAUCCCAGCAACGAGUGGCUCAGGAGGUGCUCACCAACUUGAAGGACCAUCCAGACGCUUGGACACGGGUUGACACCAUCCUGGAGUUCUCUCAGAACAUGAAGACUAAAUAUUAUGCUCUGCAGAUUUUGGAAGCAGUAAUAAAAACACGGUGGAAGAUUCUUCCAAGAAAUCAGUGCGAAGGAAUCAAGAAAUAUGUUGUUGGGUUGAUCAUCAAGACGUCUUCUGAUCCUGCAGUGCUUGAGAAGGACGGAGUUUACAUUUCAAAACUCAACAUGAUCCUUGUACAGAUCCUGAAGCAGGAAUGGCCCAAACACUGGCCCACUUUCAUCAGUGACAUUGUGGGUGCGAGUCGGACCAGCGAGAGCCUAUGUCAGAACAACAUGAUCAUCCUGAAACUGCUCAGUGAGGAGGUUUUUGACUUCUCCAGUGGCCAGAUGACCCAAGUGAAGGCCAAGCACCUAAAAGACAGCAUGUGCAAUGAGUUCUCCCAGAUAUUCCAGCUGUGCCAGUUUGUGAUGGAAAAUUCCCAGAAUGCCCCGCUGGUCCAUGCCACUCUGGAGACUCUGCUCCGCUUCCUGAACUGGAUUCCUUUAGGUUACAUCUUUGAGACAAAGCUCAUCAGCACUCUGGUCUACAAGUUCUUGAAUGUGCCCAUGUUUCGCAACGUGACACUAAAAUGUCUGACGGAGAUCGCGGGUGUGAGUGUGAACCAGUACGAGGAGCAGUUUGUCAGCCUGUUUACCCUCACUAUGUGCCAGCUCAAACAGAUGCUGCCUUUGAACACUAACAUCAGAGUGGCCUACUCCAACGGGAAGGACGAUGAACAAAACUUCAUCCAAAAUCUCAGCUUGUUCCUCUGCACCUUCCUCAAAGAGCAUGGCCAACUCAUCGAGAAGAGGCCCAACCUGAGAGAGACGCUCAUGGAGGCCCUGCACUACAUGCUGUUGGUGUCAGAGGUGGAGGAGACAGAGGUCUUUAAGAUCUGUCUCGAGUACUGGAACCACUUGGCAGCUGAGCUCUACAGAGAGAGUCCUUUCUCGACAUCCAGCACCCCACUGCUGUCUGACGUCCCGCCACGCAGACACCUCUACCUGCCCGUUCUCUCCCAGGUGCGUUUGCUGAUGGUCAGCCGCAUGGCCAAACCAGAGGAGGUGCUGGUGGUGGAGAACGACCAGGGGGAAGUUGUCAGGGAGUUCAUGAAGGACACGGAUGCUAUCAACCUCUACAAGAACAUGAGGGAGACUCUUGUGUAUUUGACCCAUCUGGACUACGCCGACACUGAGCGCAUCAUGACAGAAAAGCUCCACAACCAGGUGAAUGGCACCGAGUGGUCAUGGAGAAACCUGAACAUGCUCUGCUGGGCUAUCGGCUCCAUCAGUGGAGCGAUGCACGAGGAGGAUGAGAAGAGGUUCCUAGUGACUGUCAUCAAGGACCUUCUCGGCUUGUGUGAGCAGAAGAGAGGGAAGGACAAUAAGGCCAUCAUAGCCUCCAACAUCAUGUACAUUGUGGGACAGUAUCCUCGCUUUCUCCGAGCCCACUGGAAGUUCCUCAAGACGGUUGUUAACAAGCUGUUUGAAUUCAUGCAUGAGACACAUGAUGGAGUGCAGGACAUGGCUUGUGACACCUUCAUUAAGAUUGCCCAGAAGUGCCGGCGCCAUUUUGUGCAGGUCCAAGUGGGGGAGGUGAUGCCCUUCAUCGAUGAGAUCCUUAACAACAUCAACACCAUCAUCUGUGACCUGCAGCCACAACAGGUUCAUACUUUUUAUGAGGCAGUGGGCUAUAUGAUCGGGGCCCAGACAGACCAGGCAGUUCAGGAGCUUCUGAUAGAGAAGUACAUGCUGCUGCCAAACCAGGUGUGGGACAGCAUCAUCCAGCAAGCCACUAAGAAUGUGGACAUCCUGAAGGAUGCAGAGACGGUGCGUCAGCUGGGCAGCAUACUAAAGACAAAUGUAAGAGCCUGUAAAGCUGUGGGCCAUCCCUUCGUUGUCCAGCUGGGACGGAUCUACCUUGACAUGCUAAAUGUCUACAAGUGUCUGAGCGAAAACAUCUCAUCUGCUGUCCAGACCAAUGGUGAGAUGGUGACCAAGCAGCCUCUGAUCAGAAGUAUGAGGACGGUGAAGAGAGAGACUUUGAAGCUGAUCUCAGGUUGGGUCAGUCGCUCCAAUGAUCCUCAGAUGGUGGCAGAGAACUUUGUCCCCCCCCUUCUUGAGGCUGUACUCAUUGACUACCAGAGGAAUGUUCCAGCUGCCAGAGAACCUGAGGUCCUCAGCACCAUGGCAACCAUCGUCAACAAGCUGGGAGUCCACAUCACUGGGGAAAUUCCCAAGAUCUUUGAUGCAGUCUUUGAGUGCACUUUGAACAUGAUCAAUAAGGACUUUGAAGAAUUCCCAGAACAUAGAACCCAUUUCUUCUACCUCCUUCAAGCUGCCACCUCCCAGUGCUUCCCAGCCUUCUUGGCCAUCGCCCCGGCCCAGUUUAAACUCAUCCUGGACUCCAUCAUCUGGGCAUUCAAACACACCAUGAGGAAUGUGGCUGACACAGGACUGCAGAUCCUCUACACGCUCCUGCAGAAUGUUUCUGGAGAAGAAGCAGCAGCACAGAGCUUCUACCAGACUUAUUUCUGUGACAUCUUGCAGCACGUCUUCUCUGUGGUCACCGAUACAUCUCACACUGCAGGUUUAACCAUGCACGCCACCAUUUUGGCCUACAUGUUCAACCUGGUGGAGGAGGGGAAGGUCAGUGUGGCCCUGAGCACAGUCAGCCACACCAACAACCAGGCCCACGUCCAGGAAUACAUCGCCAACCUGCUAAAGACUGCUUUCCCUCACCUGCAAGAUGCUCAGGUGAAGGUGUUUGUAACAGGAUUGUUUAGCCUGAAUCAGGACAUCCCUGCUUUUAAAGAGCAUCUGAGGGACUUCCUAGUGCAAAUCAAGGAGUUUGCUGGCGAGGACACAACGGACCUGUUCCUGGAGGAGAGGGAGGCGGCUCUGCGCCAAGCACAGGACGAGAAACACAAAAUCCAGAUGUCGGUGCCCGGUAUUCUCAACCCCCAUGAGCUGCCAGAGGAGAUGUGCGACUGAAGCAGCCACGGCGGCCUAACAGCUCUGCAGUAUGGAGGGGGUGUCAUCAGAGCAACAGCGCUUCCUAUUGAUAAAUUGUGUUCUUUUCAAGUGUGUUUGUGUGAGAGCCUGUGUGUUGGAAAUGAGAAUGAAGGGCCAGCGUAAGGAGCCCAGCACUCGGUUGUACGUCGACCAAAUCAGUGUCAAUAUGUAAAUGAGAAAUGUCCCCACCCACCCUGAAGUGUUUUUGCUUUUCCUAUAAACUUAUUUUAUACAGGUUGUUUUGUGUAAUAUGCCAUCUUUUGUUAACUGCUUGCUAAUUAAAGCUUUUUGGUCACAACUUGCUUUUGCACCUGUGCGAAGCCAUGGAAAUACUUUUUUUUUUUUUCCCCUUCAUCACUUUGAUUCACCUCCCUUCACCUUGUUAAUAUGUAAUAUACAAGAAUGAAAUGCGUGUGAUGGUUGGUGAAUAGUUUGCUCUGCUUUCAGAAGUGCUAAAUGCACGGUGCAGGAUGAAUGUAAUGUUUAAAGGGUAAAUGGGCAUCCUUGCUUCCUUUGUUGUGAGUGUAUUUUACUUCCAUUUAGUUUCUCCUUUUCCUGUGGCUGUCUGAAUAUGUCGGCGCUUCAGUCAGACCGCUCUGCGUUUGGAUGAGAAGGAACGCUGUGUGCAUAUCAUCCUCUUUGUAAAGCGGUCUUAGUACUCUGAGAAUAUAAAGUUGGCUAUUUUUACAAAA